AUGUCCUUGACGCGUAGGGAGUGGCACGCGAGCAAGGUGCAGGACAGAGCUCCUCUCUGGCCAACCACUCGGCCAGCGGAAGGCUACGAGUAUCCAGAAUGGGCGUAUUCUAUCAAAGAUCGCAAGCCCACUCGACUCGUCAAAGUGCUGGCGGCCGACCUUGACAACAUCGACAAGAAGCGGAAACCUAUCAACCUUCCCGAGCUGGAGCACUUGUCCUUCGCUAUGGCAUACGCGUUGGACAUGACACCUGUCAGCGCGAGCCGCGAGCUCCUCCUGCUGGACUCGCAAUCAGACGCGAUCUUCCGGCUCGACUGUCAGCUGUAUCACUGGACGGGACCCAACCCGGUAACGGGACUUUAUCCUCAACGCGACGCGAGGGGCGUCGCGCUGGACAUCACGCAGGACUCGUGCUGGGACUGUCUCAUAGACGGGAAGAAGUGCGAUAAGGUGGGAUUGAUCUUGGAGGGACCGCUCGCCAACAAGUAUGAUCCCCUCAGCAGGCGGACUCCGCGCUCAAUCAAUGACAUGCUAGGUCUACCGACCAACUUUUCGGUCUUCACUACUGCCAUGCAGAAAGCACGCCUGGAAGGUGCCUCGCCAAACCAGAAGAAACGCAAAGCCGGGCCCAGCGAUGCCCGACCCGGCGACCGGAAGAGCUUCAGGAUAAGCGUCAAGCGGGAACGAACAUCCUCCUCCGCCGAGUCCACUCCUCCUCCUGCGGACACCCUCACCGGGUCCAGCUCCGCUGCUUUGGAGGAGCAAGUCGAGCCCGCCGCUCCUGAGGCCGCCUCUGAGCGGAUCCUACUUCGGAUAGCGGCGGGACAUCGAGGGACGCCGGAAACUUCGUCGACCAUGACGCCCGAAUCGGACGAAUCGGAUUUCGAACAGGAGAAACGCGAAAAGGAGGCUGUCCGAACCGCUAUCGAGGCUCUCGCCGGCGGGGCACCGGACCGAACGGCCCCUGCGGCAGAGUCACCUGCGGUCAUCAAGCCCGUGCCCAUCGCCCGGCCAGCUAUCACUUCCCAGCAUGUACGCACUGCUCAGCCUGUACCCAGGCAGCUGUCCGCACUUGCUUCCCAAACCGCGCCUUCUGCCCAGCCCGCCCCCAUCGCCCGACUUGCUUCCACUGCCCUCCCCACGCCUGCUGCUCAGCGUGCACAUGCUGCAGUAUCCACAUCUGCUCCACACCCAACUCCUGCUCGACAACCUGUACCUGCUCCACAGCCCGCAUCUGCUGCCCAGGCUGUAUCCGCCGCCCAAGCUGGAUCCGCUCCCCACCCUCCGCCUGCCGCUCAGCAUGUGGCUGCUCCACAACCCGCAUCUGUCCCCCAAACAGUAUCUGCUCUACAGCCAGCUGCACUGGCCGUCCGACCCGCGCCCCUCGCUCAGCCCGUACCCGCCGCCCAACUUGCGUCCGCUCCCAACCCCUCGCCUGCUUCUCACCAGGCACCUGCUCCACAAACGACAGCUGCCCCAUCACCCGCACCUUCUGUCCAGCCUGCACCUCCCGCCGCGCCAUCCUCGACCCUUCCAGCUGUUGCCAACAUCGACGCAGUAUCAGGCACCGCCAACCUACCGGCGCAGCAGACCGUCACGGUCACCGAACCUACAGCCCUGGCAGGACCCAUCGUACCGAGCGCUCCCGCAGCCGCCGCUUCCGCCGGAUUGUCCCAGCCCUCUCCAGCGGUCAUCACAGCGGCGGAUCCAGCCAACCACCAUCCCUCUCCUGUUUUGAUGACCUCGCAAUCCACUCCACAAACACCUACGGUCGUCGUCCCCACCGGUGCUCCCAUCACCACGGCACCAGCCUUACCCCAAAUCCCAGCUCCUCCAGCCACCUCCUCUGGCACCGCGUCCGAUUAUGACCUCACUACCGAUAUCGUCCACAAGCACGCCUCGAUCUACAUGAAAGGCAUCACCGUCCCGGGUCACCAAUAUCAAUUCCAGCCUGCGUGUGACGUCCCCCAGUUCCAGUGGCCCGGCAAGGCGGAGGCUUUGGGUCUGGAGCGAUGGGUACCCGAACCGAGUCAAUCCAUUGAGCCGUACGUGGCGGGUCUGACGAGAUUGAAGGGAGUAAAGGGGAACGCACCUGUCUGGAACGCAUUUAUGUACACACACAAAGACGCCCAGUGCAGCGCAUGCAAGGCGGCGGGACACCCCUGCGUAUUCUCUAACUGGAUAACGCCUCCUCCUCCCUCUUAUGGCGUACCGACCGGUAUGCAUCCAUGCCUCGACGCGUGCCUGCACUGCAGAGCGGUAGUCCCCAAGCCGGGAGAGCGAGUUUUGAAGUGUACGGCUGGCGGGCGGAUCAUGUCCGGACCGGAUAUUGGCAAGAAAGUCAUUUUCGACAAGGCAAAACUUCGGCAUGUCGAGAAGUUCUGCCAGGAUGUCGACAGGGCCCGAAUCUGGACAAUGGGAAUGACAUCUGCCAGAGUACCCCGUGAUCGGACAAAAGAGUACAACAAAGCCCGAGCGAACAUGUCGUCCCAGCAGUCCAACGCGGAAGCAGGCCCCUCGACCCCUCAGACCAAGGUGGAGAGGAUCGCGACGCCCCACUCUCAGACCAUUGCGUCCGGUCCGGCCAUCCUACCAAUCCCCACCCCUUCAUCCGCAUCUGCUGGCCCGGCUAUAGGCAUGGCACCGUCUACACAGGCCACACCCAAUGCAGCGCACCCGCUGGACCUAGCGGCAUUUGCUGCAUCAGUGCAGGCGGCCCAGGACCACACGGCGCAUACAUCUUCGGUCGCCGUUCAACCUGGUCUUUCCCCAGCCGCCCCGCCGCCUUACUACAUGCCAAGGCUUCGCUCCCCUCCCCACCCUCUCUCAUUGUCCUUCUCUACCCUUAUCACCCCUCGCCUCGCUCGGGAGAAUGUCUCUAUCCCAUCAGCAUCGCCCGCUGUGCCAGCAACCGCAUCUGCAGAAGGCGAAAAGGCUUCAACAAAUACAACUCCCCAGCCUCCACCGAGCACCAGUCCAGUAGCGGUCGCAACGCCCGCGAUUACGUCCAGCAUCGACACUCCGGCGGAGACUACCGGCGGACUGGCGGCUCCUCCGCCUCCCUCGCUGGGUCCAGCGGUCCCUCCGCCUGCGAGCGAUUCGACCGAGACCACCUCGAUGCCUGCAGACGCGGCUGUAGGCAUGACAGUGCUCGUUCCAGCUUUGCCUCAGACCGAGGAAAAGGCGACAGCUGUGUCAGAAGCGGCAGUGGAGGCGGAGGUUCCAAAGGAGGAGACUGUGGAGGUGUCGAUGGGAUCAGCGGCAGCUAUCGUUCCUUCCGGUGUCCCACAAGAAUUGGCAGGGCCCGUCGGAUCGACCGGUCAUAGCGAUCCCCUCGAUCGCCUUGAUCCUAGGCUUCGCGCCGAUCCUAUCGGCCCCAUCGACCCAAAUGACCAUAUCACGCUCCUCUGGCGCCGGUCCGCCGAUGGCUAUCGCGCAUCAUACGAAGCUGCUGUCCUCCGCGUUGACGACCUCAGCCGGCGGAACCAGCAGCUCCAAUUCGAGCUGGACCGGCUCAAGGCCGCCCCCAAUGCUGAGCUCGCCAAGGCGCAAGAACGCAUCGCCAUGCUCGAGCGGAUAGCGGACCCCGCGGUGGUGCAUCGGAUAGCGACUGCCAAGCUGGAGGCGGUAGCGCAGAGGGAGCAGGCGGUGGCGCAGAGGCAUCAGGCAAUGAGGGAGUUGGCGGCUGCGCAGGCUCAGGUGGAGAAGAUGGAGGUGGACUUGAAGGCGCUAAGGGAGCAGGCGAGUCGGGAGGCAUUCAUGCGGGAAGAGGUGGAGGCGAAGGAGAGGUUGGCCCAGGCGAGGAUCAUCGAGUUGAGGAUGGAGUUGCAGGCGGAGGGAAAAAGAUUUUCGAUCACUCUGACUUGGGGGCAUCAGGCUUGGCCUGGUCAUCUGUUUGCGGCCAAUGUGCGAGGCUAUGAAUUAUGGGCGUUCUCGCCCCGCUCUACAGCCGAGUUUGAGCACAUUUGCGGAACUCGCCUCCUCAUUCCUCAUUUCGCCCCUUCCUCCUCGACCCUCUGUACUUCACUUUCCAACAUGUUCGCUCCCCCAAAAGCCGACAUACCAGCCUCACGGCUGAUGUUCAUCGCCGUCGCAUUUUUCGCCAUGCUACCCAUACUCGGCGUCAUGGCGGCAUCGAUUAUUUUAUGCCCUGUCGGUGUCGCGUCAACAUUCCCCCACGUCGCCGACCCCUCGCUGGCCGGCAGGAGUGGCCUGGCCAGCAUGUGCUCGCAACACCAUUAUAUCUACCUCUUGCCGCUUAUGGUCCCUAUCACGGCGUGGUUUGCGAUCGCAAAUUGGGUCGGAUGGGAAUACUUUCGAUAUGCCUGA